UAAAAAGCUGAAAAAGAAAAUACAAAAACAAAAUAUUUUCGCUUUUGGCUUAAGUUGACGUGUUGAGUAAUCAUUGACAAUUUCUUACGGUAAGUUAAAUUAAGUUAAGUCUAGACUAACUGAGCUUUGACACUUGUGAGAGAGUAACUUUUUUUACGCCCGGAAAGCGUGUGAGAGAGUAACUUUUUUUUACGCUCUAAUUACCGUAACAGCCCGGAAAGCGUGUGGAACAAAGCUAAUGAUGGCAAAGAAAUUCGUGUUUUACUCUCGGUCGCUCGUUAACGAAUCUCUCUAGCUCAGAUGACAGCUUUAAAUUUGCUUUAAAUCCAAUGUGUUUAAAGCGAUUUCCCACAGUUUUGAUUUAUACGUGACUUCACUGCGUAGUGUUUUGAAAUCAAAGCCUUAAAUAAUUCCUUAAUUAGAAAAUAUUUAAAAAAAAAGUUUAAUUUUAAAACUUAUGAACAUGCGUACCUUAAGAAAUAUAGUAGGAGCCAUUAUUUGCAGUUUGAGUGCUUUCAGAGUGAUUGCAGUAGAAACCAGUUAUGGGACGUGCGAGACACCUGGCGGAACGUCUGGUGAUUGCAUUGUAAUACAAUUAUGCACAAUUCUAUACAAUCUGGCUAUGAAAUCCGAUUUAAAAGACGAUGAACUAAUUUUUUUAAGAAACAGUCAAUGUGGAAAGAUUGGAAAAAAUCCUUUGGUUUGUUGUCCGAAGCCUGUUUUUGAGAGUCCCACUGAAAAAAUAACAGAUAUUUGCCGUCUUAAAUUCAAAAAAACAAAGCAAGAAAUAAACGGUGUACUACAAAAGCAUUUUGUGCGUGCUAAGACAGGUUGGAAAAACGAAAACAAACCAGAUCAUUGCAAGUAUACACGGCAAAGAACCAGUGCAAUUCGUAAAAUCGAUUUCUUGAUUUUAAUAUUUUGAAUUUUUAUAUAAGUACAUACCGACAAAAGUAUUGGCACUAGGAAUUUUUCACCAAGCGUGCAAAGUUUUUAACUAAUUUCGUAUCGCUAAUUUUUUUUAUAAAAACAUAGUUCAUAUUACGACAAAAAACAAAUAACAUAUCAAAA